AUGGGCGGAGCUUAUUUAUCUCUUAUUGCAAAACGUGUACAGAUAGAUUAUGCUGAUCCGAAUCAUAGAUGGUUUGACAUUGUAAAGCUAAGAAGAGUACAUAAAGGUGAGAAGCCAUUUAAAUGUCGUGUAUGUGAGAAGAGUUUUACAUCAACUGCUUUACGUAACCAGCAUAUGGUGGUCCAUUGGGGACAUAAGACGUAUAUCUGUGACGUAUGCGGUAAAGGAUUUAUGAGUCGUAAACAUUUUAAAGAUCACAUGAGGAUACAUGACGGAGAGCAACCUCACAAAUGUGAAACCUGCGGCAAAGAUUUCAUCUACUACAGGAGUUUAGUUCGACAUAUGCUGGUGCACAUAGACCCUAGAGAAAGACCAAAACCAUAUAAAUGUGAAUAUUGUAACAAGGAGUAUACAGAAGUGACUGGCUUUAAACAUCAUAUGAGAGCUGUUCAUACAGGUGAAACACCAUUCCAGUGUGACAUAUGUGGCGAGUCAUUUCAUCGUAAUGAUAAAUUGAAACGUCACAUUAAGUCUCGUCAUCACGUUGCCAAGGGCAACAAGGAGUUAAUAGUGACAACAAGACGUGCAUCACAUGGAUUUCCAGUCAUUGUGAAAGCUGAGAAUGAACAUCAGGAAGAUUUACUAGAGAUUGUGGAGGGAAAUGAAGUAGAGGGAGGACAAAAUGAGCUACAUGUAGACGUAAUUCAACAAGAAAAUGAUGGGCAACAACAAGUAUACCUUAUAGGCUUAGGACAAGGAGGGGAGGCAGCUUAUUUACAGGAAAUACAAGUGAUUGAAGGUCCUGAUGGCACAAGAUAUAUUAUAGCAGGAUCAGGCGAGGAACUACAAGUUAUUGAGUCUUCUAACUUACAAGUUACUGAGCAUGUUCAGGAGGGUGAGAUUGUAGAGGGAGGAGUUAUACAGCAGAUACAACAAGUGGAACAUAUUAAGGAUUCUAGUAGUGGAAAUAUUUUGGUCAUGAAUGAUGGUGAAGAACAGACAUUAAGUACAUUGGCAAACAUGGCGAGUGAAGCUUCAGUGGUUAAAUUAGAUUAG